AUGGACGGCAUCAAUAUCGACACCACCCGUAACAAUAAUGGGUACUACAAUGAGUCCGCGGAGGGCACCAAGGCUGCUUCCACAUUCGACACUCAGGCAACUACCCCAUGCAGCGUCAUUUCGACUCCCCCUGCCAAGAAGCACUCCUUUGUUUUUCAAACACCCGAUGGGCCGCGCAUCAAGUUGGCAAGUUACGAAGAAGCAUGCCUUUCUCCGACCCUUCCUGUGGAUGUUGAUGUUGCGACAGCCAAGAUGGAAGAUGACAAAAUCCUGCUAGAUCCUUUUGUCCACGGACUGGAACCUGGACCUCGGUAUCAAAGGGUGUUCCGUUGUCUUUUGUAUCUCUAA